AUGGGCGAAUCAAGGUAAGUCAAAACACAACAAUUGUGGGAACACACGGCAGUGAAGAGCAGCGGCGGCGGCGACAGUGACCAGCAUGGGCAGGACGACAUGGGGCGAUAUGGAGGACUUGAAUUGAUCAGCGGCAAUAAUUGGAUACACGAGACUUACACGCGCAUGUCACAGGCAGGAGCUGCUGACGUGGGUCAACGGCCUGCUCCAACUCAACAUGACCAAGGUUGAGCAAUGCGGUACCGGGUAAGUCUGAACAAUACUCCUUUACCAGCCGCCUAGUAACUUGAUUGCGCCAUGCUGACCACUAGAUCCAAUCCAGCGCUGCACUCUGCCAGAUCUACGACAGUAUCUUCCUUGACGUUCCAAUGGGUCGCGUCAAGUUCAACGUCAACUCCGAGUACCAAUACCUUGAGAAUUUCAAGAUCCUAAGCAAUGUGUUCCGCAAGCAUCACGUCGACCGGCCGCUGCCCACGGAGUCGCUUGUCAAGUGCAAGAUGCAGGACAACCUCGAGUUUCUUCAGUGGACAAAGAGGUAUUGGGACCAGCAUUACCCGGGCGGCGACUACGACGCUGUCGGCCGACGGAAAGGCGCAGCGCCCAUUGGUGGUGCUCCAUCGAUGGGAUCGAGCACGAGAACGUCCACAGCUGGCACCGGUGCUGCGCGCAGACCAGUCGGAGGCGGAGCUGCGGCGCCGCGCUCGAACAGUCGUCAGACCGGCGCCGCAAGCAGCGUCCUGCAGCAGAAGAAUGCCGAACUCUUGGAGACGGUUCAGGGACUCGAGCGCGAGCGCGACUUCUACUUCAGCAAGCUGCGAGACAUAGAACUUCUCAUCCAGCAAGCGAUGGAAGCCGACCCGUCACUUGAGGAGGAUGAGGGUAGCUUGCUCAAGCAGAUACAGACAAUUCUCUACUCAACUGAGGUGAGCGCCUAGCUAACCCAACUCCGGUCUAGAGAGGAUCAGCGCUAACAAGUAGACCCAGGAGGGCUUCGAGAUUCCACAGGAAGCCGAUGCCGAGCUAGCUGGCGAGGAGGAGACAUUCUAA